UGAAGAGACAAUAGAGUUAGAAAUAAUUCCAAAUAGCAAUUCUCAAACUCAAAUUAAAAAGUCGAAGAUGACUGGUUCAGGAUCUCCUUGUGGAGCCUGCAAAUUCUUGAGAAGAAAAUGCGUGAGAGGUUGUGUUUUUGCACCUUACUUUUGCCAUGAACAAGGUGCUACUCAUUUUGCAGCCAUUCAUAAGGUCUUUGGUGCAAGCAAUGUUUCAAAGCUCCUUGCUCACCUCCCUGUGAGUGAUCGUUGUGAAGCUGCAGUCACAAUCUCAUAUGAAGCUCAAGCCAGACUUCAGGAUCCUAUUUAUGGCUGUGUCUCCCAUAUUUUUGCACUGCAGCAACAGGUGGUGAAUUUACAAGCACAGCUGGCUUAUCUGAAGGAACAAGCUGCCCAGAGUUUUCUCAAUGCCUCUGUCAGUGAAAACCCUAAUGAAAAAUUAUUUGAAAAAUCUUCAGCUGCUUUACCCCAAGAUCUUCAAAGUUGGUUUCAGGUGGAAAAUUCCAACCUGGGGCCAGAGUUUCUUCCUAACAUGUGUACUAAUUUAUCAACACAAAAACAUUAUGGGAACAAUGUUCUCAUCGAAGAUCUAAACCCUACCGGCAUCAAUUAUGAAAAUUCAGGUGCCAUGGAAGAAAACAGCUCCUUUUCUAGCUUUGACGAGAGUUCCAAUAGCUACUCCAUGUCCUAUGACAUGCACACAAACAGGAGGACGUGGGGUUUUCAUGAAGUGGAGGAUCUACAUUCAGUGGCUUUUGGGUACAGUGCUCGAUCACAUUCAUGAAAGAACUGGUGAAGACAAUUUUAUCAAUUUUGAAUUGCUGCUGCUGCAUAUUGUGAAGCACGCACUAUAUAUACUCUGUUGCCGUAAAUAAGCUAGGAAAGCAUAGAAAUGUUGAUAUUAUUAUAUAAUUGAAAUGGAAGCCCACUCUCUUAUUGUCUUUAUCAA